CAGACAGAAGCAGAGCAAGAGAGAGGAAUUGGGGCAGAGUAUUUGUGAGAAUAUUUCAUAUUUAUUACGAGAGAGGUAAUAGAGAGCAAAUUUGUAGAUUAAUCUGAGCAACUCUACAUUGAUAUUGAUUGUACUCUUCAAGUUAGGACUUCUUUGAUUUCUCUGAAAACUUCAUUCUGGUUUGCAAACACCUCCACAACCCGGCAACAAUGCAGCAAAUCUGUCUUUCUCUGCUGUCUGGCCUUUGCCUUCACCUGGUUUUCUUCUGCAGUGCUGAGGAAGGCCUCGAGUUCCCUAACUUCGACGGGAAGGACAGGGUGCUGGACAUCAAUGAGCGCAACUACAAGAAGGCUCUAAAGAGAUACGACCUGCUGUGUCUGUUCUACCAUGAACCAAUGCCUGCCAACAAGGGCCUUCAGAAGCGGUUCCAGAUGACAGAGCUGGUGCUGGAGCUCACAGCUCAGGUCCUGGAGAACAAAGACAUCGGUUUUGGGAUGGUGGACGCACAGAAGGACGCCAAAGUAGCCAAAAAACUGGGUCUGGAGGAAGUGGGCAGCUUGUACGUCUUCAAGGACGACCGUGUCAUUGAGUUUGAUGGGGAGCUCUCAGCAGACACACUGGUGGAGUUUCUAUUGGAUGUGCUGGAGGACCCAGUGGAAAUGCUCAAUAACGCCAUGGAGCUGCGAGCCUUCGAGAGGAUGGAGGAAGACAUCCGCCUCAUUGGCUACUUUAAGGGAGAAGAUUCAUACUACAAAGCUUUUCAGGAAGCCUCCGAGCGUUUUCAACCUUACAUCAAGUUCUUUGCUACAUUUGAUAAAUCUGUAGCCAAACAUCUCUCCCUCAAGAUGAACGAGGUGAAUUUUUAUGAGCCGUUCAUGGAGGAGCCGGCCAUCCUGCCUGGCAGACCUCUGUCAGAGAUGGACAUUGUUGAGUUUGUCACCCAACACAGAAGGGCUACUCUGAGGAAACUGCGGGCAGAGAAUAUGUUUGAAACAUGGGAGGACGACAUGGAUGGAAUACAUAUUGUUGCUUUUGCUGAGGAGGAGGAUCCAGAUGGCUAUGAGUUCCUGGAGAUCCUGAAAGACGUGGCCAGAGACAACACCAACAACCCAGAGCUCAGCAUCGUCUGGAUCGACCCUGAUGACUUUCCUCUGCUCACCACUUACUGGGAAAAAACCUUCAAGUUGGACCUGUUUAGACCUCAGAUUGGAGUGGUCAACGUCACAGAUGCUGACAGUGUGUGGCUGGACAUGUCCAAUGACGAGGACCUGCCCACCGCGGAGGAGCUGGAGGACUGGAUAGAAGACGUCCUGUCUGGCAGGGUGAACACGGAGGAUGACGAUGAGUCUGCUGACGACAAGGAAAACCUUGACGGCUAUGUGCCAGAAGACAGUUACGAAAGUCACGACCCAGAUGAGGAAGAUGACAGCGAUGACUAACCUUAAUGUCAAGGGUUGGUGUGCUGCAGUUCAGACCUGUGUCAAAACCCUGAACACACUUGGCACAUUAGAACCAGAUUACUGACAUAUUCUCUCUUUUUUUCCCAAAUAAUUUAAAAAAGUGAAAUUAAAAGAAACUAUAUGGUCUCCUACACAGUUCUACACUGUGUAGACAGUGGUUUAAAUAGUCAGGCAGA